AUGCCGUCCGGCGCUUCUGCUGCAAGCGCGCAAAUGCAGCACCUCCGAGACCAGCUAGAGGUGCUCGUGGAGCAACUUUCCCGCCUGGCGGACGCAAAGCGAAUGUACGGUAAUGUACGACCAGGCAGUAGGGGAUGGUCGCGCCACGGUGGAUGCUCGCAGGAGGCGGCCGCGUCGCCGGCGGCGGGGACAGCCGAAGAGCAACACCAUCAGCAUCAGCAAGAGCAUCAGCAGCGGCGGCGGGAUGAGGAGGAUGAGGGGGACGAGGAGGAUGUGGAGGUGUUGUUGAGGCGGGCCGAGAGCUGCAGCUCCCGCAUGUUGGCGCUGUUGGCUGAUGAGCCGGCGGCCGCCACCUCCCACUUGCCGCUGAGGGGAGCGGCGCUGCUGGCGGCGGCGCUGUCGUCGUACUUGCGUGGAGGCGGCACCUCGGAUGCGGCUCUUAGUGGACUGCAGGCGGCGGUGAAGCUGAGGCCACUGAACCCCAGUGCCUGGAACUGCCUGGCGCACAGCUACUGGGAGAGGGGGGACCUGUUCAUGGCGGGUUGCUGCCUCAGCUCGGGAGUACGGCACUGCCCCAGUGUGGCAGGACAUCAGAUGAUGUCAUUGCUGGUACGACAACAGGGCGGCGCGGCGGGGGCGGCACUGCUGCAGCAACAGCAGCAGCAGCAGAAGGCGCUACGAAGUGGGGUAGGCGAGGCGGCCGCCGCCACAUCAGGAGGUGGUGCCGGUAGUGGUGGCGGCGGCGGCGGCAUAUCGAGCGACGGGAGUUCUUCGCUGUCGUACGCGUUGACGGCCAGUUUGGCUCACGCACGACGGGCGUUAGAGCUGGAUUUGGAAAACGGCUACAGCUGGUAUGUCCUGGCGAUGGCCCAGAUGGCCGACUACUUCCGCGGCGAUCACCGCCUCCCGGUAGUGGUGGUGCCGGCGGGCGGGGGGGGAGGAGGAGCAGCAACGGCGGCGGCGGCGGCGGGGGGGGUACUACUGGGUCCCGUGUCCUCCGCUGCUCCCCCCGGCGGCACUGGCGGCACUGGCGGCGGCAGCAGCUCCCUGCGAGCUCGGGGCAGUCGCGGAGAUUUGCCGCGGGUGCUGGCGGCGUUUGCGCAGGCUGAGCGCUGCGGCUGCUCCGACCUGCCCGACCUGUACUACAACAGGGCGGCCCUCAACGCCUUCGCACAGGAUUUCGGAGCGGCAUUGAUGGACUACUCACGUGCGGCCUCCCUGGACCCCAGUCUCCCCGCCCGCUCCCAAAUGGACUCUCUUGUCGUACUGCUGAGUCAGCUGAGCGGGCUGGUGGCAGCACGGGGUGGAGUACGGGAUCGGAACUGGGCUGCCGUACAGGAGCUGUUGAGGGCGGAUGCAGCACGGGCUUCGGAGCUGCUUCCCCUGAUGCACCAUGAACGACUUACUUUGCGGGGCAUCCCGGAUCUUCACCCCGGCAUGAACCGCGGGGCGGCGGUGCUGUGUCGUCCGCUUGUGUUCGUGUCACCUCCACUGAACGCGUCGGGCACGCUGUAUCUGAUUUGUGUGGACACGGACAGCAAUUGCUUCGUGCUCGCCCUGACCCACAUUCACCAUGACGCAUUCCACAUGUCUCAGCUGCUCACCAUCACGCACCCGGACUUGAAACAUGUGGACACCGCCUGGCCACCACCCGCCCAAACCCCCCUGUACCGGCCUCAGCAAAAAGCGCCUUCUCCGCCGCCUCCGCCUCCGCCUCCUCCUCCUGCUGCUACAGCUGCUGCUGCUCCUUGUCCUGAAAUGAAGACGUUAGAAUCGGAGCCGUCAGUGGGGUGUGACCCGGGCUGCAUCAGCGCGGUGCUGGUGGACGGUGUCCCGGUUCAUAGGGCCCCUCAGACACCGCUGUUGAGGGGAGUCAUGAGGGCGGUGUGA